AUGCCUGGCAUGGGAAUGCAACCCCCUCCUGGUAACAUCGUCAUUCCUCCGCAAGUUAUACCCCCUCCGCCUCAGGGUUUUGUACCCUUUGCUGAGCCAGUACGACCUGCACGGUUCCCAUCGGAGCAAACACCGUCUCCCGACACUGUAGUAAUCCCUCCUCGCUUCCCACAACCAGGAGUAUAUGAUGCACCCGUUAUCCCCCCUGGCCCCUACUACACUGGUCCUCCUCAACAGCAGUAUCAGGCCCCGCCUGUUCAGAUGACAUAUUCUCCCGGAUCCGAUGUCAUUCCGCCCCGACCUACGCCAUCCGAGAGCACCACUCCGUCUUCACAAGGAAGCCCGGGAACUGACGUUAUGGUUAUACCGCCGCCUCAAGGAGGGAUUGAUUACGGCGAUGGGCCUCAAUAUCCUCCUCAGCAGAUCACCGUUGUCCCUCCUCCUGGGGGUCUCCAGCCUCCUCCUCAAGGUCCUACCGUAAUCCAAGUAUCCACUGACCGGCCGUCGUCUCCCUCUGGCUCUUCCGAUCAUCGUCCGAGCGUUGUAUAUGAGCAGCAGCCCUCACCAUCUCAGACAGAACAAAUGCGGCCUGAGCAUGCGCCAGCGGAUGCUGGGAGACCGGAAUCGCCACACCAGAGUCCGUCACCGGUGCGCAUCCCUGUUCAUGAGCAUCCCUCAGAGGCUGGGCCGCAUACGACCAAUGUCGUGGUCCAACAGCCACAACAGCAGCCUCAGCAGCAACUGCCCUCAUCGCCGCGUCCUGCCAGCCCGUCUGCCCGACCGGCGGAAAUGUCGCCUCAGAUUCCCAUCAUCAUACAGCCGCCAGCGCAAGUCUAUGGCCCGGGACCUGGUAUGCCGAUGGGCCCUGGAAUGCCAGUACCUGUGCCCGGGAUGGCGCUUGGAAUGCCGGGCCCGGAGCGAUCAUUGAAGUACACCGAUCUCGGUCUCGUACUCCCGAAGGCCGGCGUUCACGUCGUUCACCGUCGCCUCGCUAUGAUGACCCCCGUGAUACACAUCGUCGGCCCUACUCUCCUCGCUAUGAAGAUCGGUACUACCGCCCGCAUCGCACUCGUUCCGGACGAUCUAUCUCUCCCCGCUAUGAUGAUUCGCGCUACCGCCCGCGUCACACUCGUUCUGGACGAUCUAUCUCUCCCCGUGACGACUACGGUAGAUAUAGUCGCGACCCUAGGGAUCGUGAUCGCCCUCACUACCGGCCCCGCUCUCCACGAGAUGAUCGUGAUGACCCUCGCUACCGGCCCCGCUCGCCCCGCGACGAUUCAGACAGGCAACGGCGUUCUUCCCGCGGAUAUCGUCCACGCUCUCCUCGUGACGAGGACAGAUACCGAGAACGUUCUCCCCGCGAUGGGGACAGAUACCGAGAACAUUCUCCCCGCGACGAGGACAGGCAUGGUGCCCGUUCGCCUCGUCGUGAUGAUCGCAGACAUGGACGCUCGCCUCCACCCCGUCUCCGUUCACGCUCUCCUCCGCCUCAUGAAGAUGAAGACCAGCCUGAAGGUCGACGUUCUCACGUUACUCCAACACGUGGUGGUCCCCGUGCCUUCCGGAGAACCCGUUCCCAUUCCGCACGAAGUUCCGCCCACGACUCCUUCUGCCUUCCCAGUCGGUCCUUCUGCAGUACCCAUGACCCCUUCUGUGGCACCUAUGGCCCCUUCGGCAGCGCCCAUGGCUCCUUCGGCAGUACCGCCAGUCAUGACUACCUACCCGCCGCCCGUUACGGUGGUUCAACCGCCCGGGCCAGUAGGGUUGGCAUAUUCUGGGCCAAGUGACGUUGCGGCCGCAGACGCGGAACGAGAACGCCAGGAGCGCUUCACCGAGUUGGCUGAUAUCAUGGAUCGCACUCUCUUGGAUUUGCAAGAUGGGGAAGAGAAGCGCGAGCAGAACUAUCGCGCAAACGAGGAGGAGCGCGAGAAGAUGUUCACCGAGGCCGAGCGCAGACGUGACAUGGAGGCUCAGCAGCGUCGCGAAGCUGUUUGGAAGGAGCUUGAGGAUCGUCUAGCGGCGCUACCCCCUGCAGUCUCCGGUGCUUCACCGGUGCCUCCGCCUGGCGAACCUCCUGCCGGCGAUGUUCCUGUAUCUGAGCCAGGAGCGUCACCGACAACCCUCACCCCCGCUCCCGCAUUGGCCGAUGACGCGGCUUCUAUCGUGGACUCUAUGCGUGCGGCUGCUGAGCGACAUGCCCAGGACAUUCACGAAGUGGUGCGUCUUGAACGGGAGGCGGCGCAAGCGGAGCGUGAACGCGCCCAAGAGCUCGACAGAGCGGAACGUGACCGCAUGCACGAAGAGUACCAAGCGCACAUCCGGGCGCUCGAGUCGGAGCUCUCCGCUGUGCGCAAGGAGCUCGAGGACGAGAAGAUGGCGCGCGCGACGGAGGAAGCGGAGCGGCAUGAGCGGGAGCGCGCGGAAAUGCUCGAGCAGAACGACAUGAUGCGCAAUCAGCUGGGCGACCUCACAAACCUCGUCACCGAGCAGCGGGACGAGAUCGCGAGGAAGCGCGAGCUGGCGGACCAGCGCUGGGAGACGAAGCAGGCGCGCUGGGAGCAGAAGGACGAGGAGGACUCGCACACGCGCAACAUGCUCGAGACGAUCUUAGCGAACCAAGCAGCGAUGAUGAACUCACAUGCUACUGCGAAGGAUGAACUCUUGGCUGAGAUGAGAGAUAACCAACGUCAGGCUCUUGAUGCUAUUGAGCAACAGCGGAUCGCGUAUGAGGGAACCAUUCGCGAGAUGGCGGAAGCAUGGCGCGCGGACUGCGAGCGACACAAGAACGAGACCAUCGAGGCCGUCAAGGCGACCGCGAACGAACAAAUUCCCUACAAUGUCCAGGGCUACCUCGACGAAUUUAGCCGUUCUUUGGCAACCGAGGUCCGCAUGCUCCUCAGUGAAGUCGGCAAGCUACGUGAGGACAAGAGGAACCUCGAGUACCAAAUCGGUGAGCUACUCAAGUUCAAGGCGAAGUAUGGUCCUGGGGGAGAAUUCGAUCCAUCGUGGAAACCUGCUAUGGUUUGUGUGCCUACGGACGCCGCUCCGCAGCCCGAGCCGGCUCCACCAGAACCCGAGCCAGAGGUUCCUCAGCAAGCUCCGAGUGCGUGGCGAACGCUUCCCACUCGCGGGUCAAGGCGGAGGAGGACACAGCAACCUGCGCCACAGCCACCUCCCGAGCCCCAGCCUGCUCCUACGACGCAAUCUUGGGCGACGUGGCAACCGGACCCUGCGUUCCGACCAUCCCCUCCCAUCCAACCAGUCGAGCAUCUCCUUGCGCCGCCGCAGGGCAGUCCAGGACUGUUUGGCCCCCGCUCUCCUCGCGACUCUGUUAUUGGCCGGUGA